UACGUAUCACGGAAUAUGCAAGUGAAAAAUAUAAUUUUAAUAUUAUUUUAGAAGCCCGGUAUUAUCUAGCUCUAAGACCGCGGUCACACUAAAGUCCUCAGCUUCUUCGAAGUUUUUUUGUAAAUAUUGAAGUUCUAGCAAAUUCUUAAGACGCACAAAAUGAAUUCUGAACAGUGUUUAAAUGAUAUUUACAAAAUAUUAACCGACACUCUGGCAGAUUCUGGGUGCUGGGAAGAUGCGCUGACCGAGUUAAAAUAUUCGACUAAACGCAAUGGGUCCCACGAUAUACUCUUCGACUUUGUAAAUUUUUCCGAAAUAAUACCCAUACAGAGAGAAAGGGGCCUCUUAAAUUUAAAAGUACUAUUUGAGGACAGUGAGGCUUAUUGGGCGAUCGUAUCCCCCGAAGGUUUUAUGCUCUCUAAAAAUGUUGACAAAUAUGUAAGCAAUUUGUUUACUAUUAACGGACGUCUGAAUUUAAACACAGAUAUUUAUAAUUUUAAAUAUGAAAGUGGAAAAUUAAGCGUUGAAAGAAAUUCUCCAACUAUACUACUUCCUAAAAUAUCAAAAAUAUCAUAUAUUGUAGAACCAGCCUUUAAGUUGCCCUUGUCAAAAUGGCCUUUCUCUAGUUCGCUAGUUCCAGCCCGUGUGCGUAACAAAUUUCCUUGGUAUUUUGCCAUUCCAUGGAGGAAUCCAAAAAAUAAUGACGAUCGCACUUUUUCGGCAUGUGCCCCGGAUUGGGAGAACGAAUUACUCGAGCAGCAGCCGAAAUCCUUGAAGAUUCUUCAUUUAAUGAAUCGCCUACGCCGGCUCCAUUUGAAAAGUUUGCCAAAAUUAACAAGCUACAUGCUGGUGACGGUGGUGCUCCAUCAACUUUCCGUUAUAAACUGGCAAAGGGACUGGGUCAGUCUCCUCAGCGAAAUCUGGACCCGACUCUCUGGCAAUUUACGUGCCGGAAGAAUCGACUCAUUUCUGAUUGAUGGUCUUAACCUUCUUGAUUGUAUGACAUCCAAAGAACUGGAGCAGUGUGUGGAUACCACUCGGAAGAUUCUGUUUCAAAUUCUCGAGGCUCGUUACAAUAAUACCCGUGAGGAUGCGGAGAAACUUUUUGAUGUUGAUCUCUAGUGAGGAGUUUUUAAACAUUAAAAAUUACUUAUUGGCUUAUUAAUUCAAGAAAAUGUUAAAGAAAAAUAAUUAAGAAAUGAUUUUCUAUUAAUUUGUGUUUAAAACAAUGAAAACUUAUGUUAAGGCAAGGAAAUGUAAAAGAAAUUAAUGAAGAAAAAAUGUAUUAAUUUAAAAUUAAUGAAGAAAAUAUUUUAUAUUAAUUUUUGUUUGGAACAUGAAAAACAUUUUGUAUUAAUUUGUGUUUGAAAAAAAUAAAAACUUUUGUUAAAGCAAGGGAAUGUGAAAGAAAUUAAUGAAG